GGUGUUAAACCACGUUACAUAUAUGCCAAAAAGCCCCCUCCGUACGCUCUUCACCCCCUUCGUACAAAGAGCGUACGAAGGGGGUGAGCAAGAAUAACAAUCACAAAACAGCAAGGUCGAACCUAAUGAGAAGACGAACAAAAUCGUAUUAGACUUAGUUCACAUACGAUUUGUGUGGAAGAACUAGAAUACUACAUUCCCCAUACUAUUUUUUCGGAUUAUAUGCUAAGAAGAGAUCCCUGAUUACAGUUGUGUUUUCUUCAGGAUAGAUUGAUUCUGUAUCAAUUCUAUCUGCGUCCAUCAUGCUCUCGUACACGCUAUACGACAUCGAAUAUUACCCUUCAAUAUGGUUUUUCCAAUUCCUGAAUCAGUUCCGUACGAAGUGGACUCUGCAGUUUGGGGAAGACAGUUGAACCCAAGUAGUGCAGAACUCACAGAAACCCAAGUGAAUGCUGAUAUCACUAUGUGGAUGAUCAAUUCGCAAUAUAGACAAUAUAAGGGACAACAUUUGUGGGAAGAAUUUCAGGAGUGGUACGAAGGCUGGACGGAUGCUACAUUCAAAAUUGCACAUCGCGAAGCUCUCAAACUCAUACGAAUUCAACUCAUUCUGCACGGCUUUCAGGUUCGACAAACAAAAGGGAGCAAUAGUUAUGCAAAAGUUCUUGUUGAACUUAUUUCGAAAGACAAAUCAGAUGAAUGUAUAAAAGAGGUUCAAGAAGAGGCAGAUCGAUUGAAAGAAGAAUAUACAGACAUGUACGAAAUCAUUGUAUCGAAGAAAUCGAUCAAAAUUCAAGCUUCACCUACACCAGAUUCUUUUGAGCAAUUGCAACAAGAUGAGCAACAACGACGAAUUCAGAGCUUUUCUCUAUUCCCCCAACGAAACAAUUUUCUGUCCAGAUUCGCACCUUAUAUAUGGUCGGAAAACUGUACCCAGCUUGCACUCAUAUUGAAGCACCUAAGCAAGGCAAAUAUAUCACCAUUGCCUCUCCCUGAACAAAAAAGGAUACCAUAGUUUCAAGACUCCAAUGCCACUGAAUAGUGUGAAGGGAUGGAACAACUUCGACGUAACUACCAGAUGAGUGAAGAGGACUUCCGUCUUCGAAUUCCCCUGAAAGUUGAGAGAAAUCUUCGGGAAGAUGUGAAGGCUAUGAGGGAAUGGCAACCGGAAGGCUGGGACUGGGAUCGAAAAUUCAAGCCAACCUUCCUCAAAGAGUACCUUUCUGAUGAUGUGUACCAGAAAAUGUAUUCCAGGGAUUACAUUCGUCGACUCGCUAAAAAGUACAAGCAAAAGGGUAAAGAGAACGCUGACGGGUUGGCACGCUUUACCCGUCAGUACAACCAGAUUGCUCAACGUUUGGUCAGAGACAAAGCAUCGGCCAAAAGCGAUGUGACCGAGACAUACUUGAAAAAUAUCCCCAAGCGAGCAGCUCGAAAUUGUAUUGCAAAUACCAAAGUGGAUCUGAAAAAACCUAGUACUAUGAACUGAAUCAGGUCUACACUUAGAUGAUGCAGUAUACCGAAAACGUGGCUGACGAAAACAUGUGACUAUGUCACGUGUUUUCCCCACAUGCGUAAGUGGGAUGUCAGCAUCUAUAGAAUAGCAGAGCCGCUUUAUA